AUGACUGUCACCCAGUUCUUUUGCCGUCAAGCAAAGGCCGUGGAAUUGUUCCAUGGUCAACCAGAUUACACAGAAGUCCCUGCUUUUGCCAGUCCGAAUCAAGAUACCAAAGUAGCUACGUAUUCUCCCGAUGGAUCUCGUUUCGUGUAUACCCAGGCAAACUCCGUGUUUAUCAUAGACGCCAACGACGGAUCGGUGGCAGUAGAGCUACCAGUUAAAGAUGUGUUCGAUGUUCACUUUUCUCCCUUGGGAACCUUUUUGUGCGCUUGGUCCAGACCUACUGCCGAUCAGGAAGCUUCAAACGUUAGUAUUUGGAAAACUGAUUUGGCAUCUAGAUCUGGCGUCAAAGUUGGAGAAUAUAAGGCACGUAACCAAACAGGCUGGAAACCACAGUUCACUGCUGAUGAGUCUCUUGUGUGUCGGUUGACAAGUCCUUCUGAGUUGCAGUUCUACAGUACGGCCAAGGAGCCAAUGUUACAGGGCAAAGCAUUGCACGUUCUCAAUACAAAGGCCUCUGGAAAAAUUGCUAGCUACGCCGUCAGUCCAGGAAAGAACAUGUCUGUGGCUGUUUUCUUACCCGAACAUAGUGGAAAGCCCGCCUCCAUCAGAGUUUACAACAUUCCAAACUUCCAACAGCCUGUAUCCCAAAAGCAAUUUUUCAAGGCUGAAACAUGUGAGUUUAAAUGGAAUGGGAUCGGUACCUCCUUACUGGCCCUUGUUUCUACUGAUGUUGACUCGUCAAAUAAGUCCUACUACGGGGAAUCUACUCUGUACUUGAUGGGUAUCAUCGGAUCUUUUGACCAAAGAAUUACUCUGGACAAGGAAGGCCCUAUUCACGACUUUUCUUGGUCUACGUCAUCUCGGGAAUUUGGUGUUAUAUAUGGUUAUAUGCCUGCUCAGACCACCUUUUUCGAUGCUAGGGGUAACUCAAUCCAUUCUCUGGCACCAAGCUCUAAGAACACUUUAGCAUAUUCUCCACACGCUCGUUACAUCCUUGUAGCUGGGUUUGGUAACUUGCAAGGAACCGUGGAAAUAUAUGAUCGCCAAGACAAAUUCAAAAAGAUCGCCACAUUUGAAGCUUCCAACACGUCUGUGUGUGAAUGGUCUCCAGAUGGACAGUAUAUCAUGACUGCUACGACUGUUCCUCGUUUGCGAGUAGAUAACUGUUGCAAGAUCUGGCACCAUACAGGUGAGCUUUGUUACAUUAAGGAAUAUAAAGAGCUAUUUAGUGCCAAAUGGAGGCCACAGGACAGCUCACUAUUUGAUCCUCGCGCUUUGGACUCCAUUAAACCAGCUCAACACGAAUCUGCAUUGAAUUAUCUAUCCAAGAGAAAGGGUAGAAUGCCAAACUCGAAGGAACCCAAGGGCGUUUAUCGCCCCCCUCACGCCAGAACUGCUGGAUUCAAAAGCUCGUUCGCGUCUAAUUCGUCUGAUGAGAGUGAUAAAUCUAGUGCUAGCUCAGCCGGAGGCUACAAACCUCCUGGGGCUCGUACUAAGGUCAUUCCAGGAGCUGUGCUGCGCUCCAGUAAUGAUCCAGCUAGCGCUGCCAAGAACAGGAAACGCAAGGGUAUUCCAGGUGCUGUGAAGAAAACUGAAGACAAGCCUGCUUCUGCACCUGUUUCGGCACCUAGUGAAAAACCUCAAGAAAUUCCUAGUGAGUCUUCUUCACAGAGUUUAGCAGAAGGUAACUCUUUAGAAGAGAAGAAAAUCAGAGCACUUUUGAAAAAACUGCGAGCCAUUGAAACUCUGAAACAGAAGAGAUCUGCUGGUGAUCAUCUCGAAGAGACUCAAAUUUUGAAAAUUCAAACGGAAGACAAAGUUCGCUCCGAACUAUCCAGUCUAGGAUGGAAGGAAUAG